CGCUGCUGCUUGCCCCUUUCUGGCAGGUCGCUACUCUUACUCAAGAGCCUGAGGGGGGGUCUGCGGUGAAGCUGGGAAGGCGGCAACCGGAGUGAAGGAGCCGGGUGCCCCGCGACGCCAUGAAACUCCGAGUCCGGCUGCAGAAGCGGACGGCUCGGCUCGAGUUGCCGGAGCCGGAGCCCACCUUGGAAGAUCUGCGCGCACGCCUUUGCCAGACCCUGUUGCCCGCCUGGGGUUACAGUUCUAAUACUGAAUUUGCAAUAACUUUGAACAACAAAGACUCCCUCUCUGGAAACCAGGAACCUCUAGCAUCUUUUGGAAUUGUUUCAGGAGACUUGAUAUGCUUGAGGCUCGAAGAUGCUAAUGCAACAUCCACUUUACCUUCACCCUCUUCCUCCACUUCAACAAUAUGUCUCAACCAAUGCAACACCACAGAAGAUGAAAGACACAAUGGGCAUGUAGAAGACUGUCAGAUCCAACAUGACGAGAAAAUGCAAAUGGCUGGCCGUGCGGCAGGAUCCCGCCCAGAGUUUGAUUCAGAGAUGGUCUCGGAUGUUCCUGAUCUCCAAGAAUCUGGGGGUUCUUAUCCUUUGGAGCCGAUGUUGUGUUCAGAAGCGACAGAUGGGCAAGUGCCACACUCUCUCGAGACUCUCUACCAUUCUGCAGAGUGUGGCAAUGCCAAUGAUGCUUUGAUUGUUCUGAUUAAUCUGCUCAUGAUGGAGACAGGCUAUGUACCUCAAGGGACAGAAGCAAAAUCAGUGUCCAUGCCUGAGAAGUGGAGAAAUGGCGGAGUUUAUAAGCUACAGUAUACUCACCCUCUCUGUGAGAAUGGCUCUGCUGCCCUGACUUGCGUGCCUCUGGGGGAUUUUAUUGUCGUCAACGCAAUGUUAAAGAUCAGCAAUGACAUCAAAAGUGUGAAGAGACUGCAGCUUCUGCCAACAUCUUUUGUUUGUUUUCAAGACUCAGCAAAUGUCACUGGAGUGUAUAAAGAUCUUCAGAAAUUAUCUCGUCUGUUUAAAGAUCAGCUGGUGUAUCCUCUUCUGGCUGCUGCCCGUCAAGCUUUGAACUUGCCAGAUGUGUUUGGUCUGGUGGUCCUCCCACUGGAACUGAAACUCCGGAUUUUAAGACUCCUGGACGUCCGCUCGCUCCUCUCUGUGUCUGCCGUUUGCCGUGACCUCUACACAGCCUCAAACGACCAGCUAUUGUGGAGAUUUGUAUACCUACGAGAUUUCAGAGAUCCUGUUUCCAGGCUCCGAGACACAGACUGGAAGGAAUUGUACAAGAAGAAACUGAAGCAGAAGAAGGAGGCCCUGAGGUGGAGGCACAUGAUGUUUCUGCCCCCUCCCCCCCAUCCCAUCCCAUUUCAUCCCAACCCGCUUUAUCCUGGUGCUUUUACUCCUAAUCCUCUUUAUCCCCCAAUGAUAAUUGGAGGGGAAUAUGAUGAAGUGCCAAGCUUUCCCUAUAUGGGUGACCCAAUCAACUCACUCAUUCCUGGCCCAGAGGACAUGCCGAGUCUAUUCCCUCCACUACAGCCACAUUUUGAUCCAGCUGGGUUCAUUCCAGGCCCAAGUUUUCCACUUCCUGGGAGAGCCAGUAACAGUGACAGAUUCUCCUCUAGGCCUAGCCGGGGCCGCCCAGUUGAUCUUCGCCGUCCAUUCAUAUGACGACUCUCUUAAACUUUCUAUCUCUGCGCUUGCUUUUUGAACUAUAGGAUAUUCCUCUCUGGGGGCUUUUGGUGUCUCUCUUCUAGUUAUGGUGAUGCAUAGGUACUGUGACAUCUUGACUCCAAGAGCUGGGUCCAGUAACAAGAGAUCAUUCUAGAAAGAAUUCCACAGAGACACUUUGUUCUUUCUUUUUGUUACCAUCUGUGAAUUGCUUCUUAGAGAACAAAACCUGGUUGGCCUUUGCUGCAUCACAUAAAGAGCAGUUUAAAAACAAA